AUGUCGGAGACCAACACUUUCGACUCCCAUCUCAGCGAUGCCAACAAACAAUCGCCUCAGAAGGAAAUUCAGGCCGAAUCCGUAAAUGAAUUUAUUCAAAAAAUGACCGGAGGCAAUCGUGCUCAGAUUGUCAUGGAGCACGAUAAGAUCAGGAAGAUGGAACGGCACGUCUUAAGUUUCACACAAAAUACGGACGUGAGUUUUUUAUAAAGGGGAGGUUGGAAUACGUUUAGGCUUAGGAGGGAAUUUUUAGGCUUGUUACUCUGUUUUUAAGCUUAGAACUUAAUUUUUGGGCUUAGCAAUAAUUUUUAAGCUUAGUCUUAAAUUUUUAGGCUUACUACUUAAAAUUUAGGUAUAACGUAAACUUUUAGGCUUAUCACUUAGUUUUUAGGCUUAUCAGUUUAUUUUUAGAUUUAAAAGUCAGCUUUAGGCUUAAAACUCAAUUUUAGACUCAUCACUUAGUUUUUAGGCUUAAAACUUAAUUUUAAGGCUUGAAAUUUAAUUUUUAGGCUUCGCAUUCAAUGUUUAGGCUUAAAGUUCAAUUUUUAAGUGUAGUACUUAACUAUUAGGCUUAUCAACAAUUUUUAAGCUAAUCACUCAAUGUUUAAGCUUAGCUUUUAAUUGUUAAGCUUACUACUCAAUUUGUAGGCUUAGCAUUUAAUGUUUAGGCUUAGCGCUAAAUUUUUGGGCUUAUUUCUUAUUUUUUAUUCUUAGCUUUUAAUUUUUUAAGCUUAGCAUUUAAUCUUAGGCUUAGCAUUCAAUUUUUAGGUUUAAAGCUCAAUUUUUAGGCUUAGAAUUCAAUUUUUAGGCUUAAAACGCAAUUUUUAGGCUUAACAUCCAAUUUUAGGCUUGACUAACGUAAUUAUUUUAGAAAAACCGUUUCCUCAACGUCCUACUGUACAGUGAAGGCUCAGUAAAGUUGACAAAGCCGCCAAACUCAAAUGACACAGAAUACAUUCACGCUUCCUUGGUCAAGUCCCGUUAUGGUCAAUAUAUCCUCGGUCAGGCACCAAAAUCCAACACCCUGAACGAGUGGUACCGUAUGAUUUGGCAGUACAAUGUUCAAGUCGUGGUUUGUCUACUACCAGCCAUUAACAAUGAGGAGUGUUGCAAGUACUUCGAGCAGAAGGCUGGCAGGAAAGUCAAUGUACGGUAGGGAGUGGGGUACUGUAAUAGUAGUGUAUUCUAGGGGGUGCGGUACUGUAAUAGUAGUGUAUGGUAGGGGGUGGGUUACUGUAGUAAUAGUGUAUGCUACGGGGUGGAGUACUGUAAUAGCAGUGUAUGGUGGAGGUGGAAUACGAUAGCACGUGAAUGAGAGGAGGGUGCGGUAUGAUAGCGUACAGUAGGUGUAUAGCAUCUUUGGGGUCUGGUACGGUACGCGGGUAUCAUAAGGAUAAGAUGCGGUAGCUAUGUUGUACGAUUAGGCUCGAUAAGAGUACUAUAGCCAGGUAUAGUAUGGAUACAGUACAAAUGGUGUAAUAUAAAAAAGAGAGAUUGUGUAUGGGUAGCACUGUAAGGAUAGGAUAAGCUACCGCAAGGGUGAGGUGAGGUACUGUAAUAUUAUAGCUGUGUAGAAAUGAGGUACUAAUAUAUAUCAGAACACAGUACAGUAGACUAUUUCUAAGGGAAGGUAGGUAAAACAGGGAUAGGUUACUGUACUCUAUCUUUAACGUAAGAUUGAGUACUGUAGAUGAUAGGGUAGAGAUGGAGUAGGGGUGGUGCAGGAAUUUGCGGGUAGGUGAGAUACUGUAUUUUUAAAUUUCAGAAGGGUCGAUUCACGUUGAAAACGUUCGCCAUUCGUCAGGAGCUUCAGUGUGUGAUCUACGAGAUUCGAAUGAAGAACUCAGGUGCCAAGAAAGGAGAAGAUAAGGAGCACAUCUUUCAUAUUGUUCAUUUCCCUAAAUGGAAAGUAAGUUUUUACAUUUACAGUAAACACAUUGAAAUAUUAGGCCAAGUUUGGCUAAAGUCAAGAUUAAACUAGGAUAGGCUUGGCUUGGAUUGGCUUUGUUUGGCUAGACUAGGCUAGGCUGGACUGGGCUUGGUUUGGCUUGACUUGGCUAGUCUUUAUUUGAUUUGGCUUGGCUUGGCUUGGCUUGGCUUGGCUUGGCUUGGCUUGGCUUGGUUUGGCUUGGCUUGACUUGGCUUGGCUUGGCUUGGUUUGAUUUGGUUUAGUUUGGCUUGGCUAGGCUUAGACUGACUUGGCUUGACUUGGUUAGCUUAACUUGGCUUGGAUUGGUUUGGCUUGACCGCUCGAUUUGGCGUGGCUCAGAUAGACUUGAUUUGCCUUGACUUGGCUUCGCUUGGCUUGGGUUAGCUUAGCUUUAGCUAAGACUAACAAUAACAGUUUUGGCUAUGUAGGCUACCUUUGGCUAUAUUCCAAGCUAAGCUAGAGCUAGAAAGUACUGUAUGUCUAUAUCCUGGUAAAACUACAGUAUGAUUUUUAAGAUUGGAGACAAGUCCCCUCAGCCAAAAACCCUGAUCCAAGUCUUUCGAAGCGUUUGGGCCCUGGAGAAGUCAAUGAGAUUGGGCCGCGAGCACGAAGGCUUUGUCCUGGUACACGGUUGUAGUGGAGUACGACGGACUGGAACGUUUGUGGUCGCAGCCAUGUUAUGUCGCCAGAUCAAAGAGACUAAACUCUUGGCUGUUCCAGCCAUUGUGGCCAAGGUGCGACGAAUGAGAUACGGUAUCAUGAGGGACAUUAUCAACUACGAACUCGUGAUCGAAACAGCACUGACAUAUGGAUGUGAGCAGGGCUUGAUAGACCGAAAGAACAUCAUGUAUCUGCAGACUAUUGACGUGAGUAGAAAGCGUUAUACCUAGAGAUGUUUUUUGAAGGCAGGGUAGUUUUUUGAGGGCAGGGUAGAUUUUGAGAGUAGGGUAGUUUUUGAGGGCAGGGUAGAUUUUGAGGGCAGGAUAGAUUUUGAGGGCAGGGUAGAUUUUGAGGGCAGGGUAGAUUUUGAGGGCAGGGUAGAUUUGAGGGUAGGGUAGUUUUUGAAGGUAGGGGAUUUUUUAAGGGUAGGGUAGUUUUUAAGGGCGGGGUACUUUUUAAGGGUAGGGUAGUUUUCGAGGGCGGGGUAGAUUUUUAAGGCAUUGUAGAAUUUUGAGGGUAGGGUAGUUUUUGAUGGUAGGGUGAAUUUUUAAGUCAGGGUAGUUUUGGAAGGUAGGGGAGUUUUGAAGGGUACGGUAGUUUUUGAGAGUAGGGUAAGGCCUAACAUCAGAAAAAAGUUAGGGUAGGGCAGAACAAGACAGAAAUAAAAAAAGUAGUGAAUACUGUAACAUUUUCCGAUUUUCAGAAGAUCCGUGACUCUCUGAAGGAAAAGAAAACUAAAGAGAGAAACAGGGAGACUGAAGCUCAAGAUAAUGGAGGUGAUACCGUAGCCAGCACAGCCACAAAUGUCACAGCCGCAGGCGGAGAAGCGGCCGGUGGAGAAUCACAAGUUGGCCAGUCCGCCGCCGGCCAAACCGCGACCGGAGGACAAUCAGCCGCCGGUCCAUCAGCCGCCACUGCUCCAGCUUAA